AGCGUCAACUGCCAAGAGCCGAGAGUGGCAACAAUAACAAGAAGAGCUUCGGCUUUCAUUUUCUAGUGAUCAAAACACCAAUCCCUCAUUGCUAACAGAAAUUAAAAGAAAUCAUCCCGGAUUCCCGACACAGAUAAAACUAUAAAACUAUAGAAUCCUCAUUUUCUUUCCACCACACAAAGAGAAAGGAAGGGAAGGGGGGUAAAAAAGAUUCAUUCAGCCACGCUGCGAUUUUCCCUCAAUUUGCGACGAAUUUUCUCGCUAGGGUUUUGCGUCGGAGGAAAAUCGUAGGAACAUGGAUUGGGGGAACGUCACUGCGGAGGAUCUCGUCGAUGCUCUUCGCGAAGUAGAUUGGUCGUCGCCGCCGCGCCCUCUGUCCGAAUUCUUCUCCCGAUUCACCGUUCCUCGAUCCUAUGCCAAGUGGAAUAGCCGCCUAAAAUGCAAUCUUUACUACUAUCGGACCAACUACUUCAUUUGGAUUGUUUCUGUUCUGAUAUUGGGUUUUCUUUGGAGGCCACUUGCUAUAGUUGCUGCCAUUCUUACUGCACUUAGCACUGCUUUUCUAAAUGACAGUUUUGCAGGUACUUUUAGUGAAAAGGUUACACGAACUGUCAGGCAAUUCUCGCCACAUUUAGCAGCCAAGAUGAGACCUCCCCUUACGCCUGUUAUCCGUGGACGUCCAUCGGCUAGGAGAGCAAUUUAUAUAUGUGGUCAGCCACGUUGGGUGUUUGUCUUGACAUUUUCUGCUGCAUCUUUCUUCUUUUGGUUUAUUUCCUGUGGUCUCCUAAUGGUUUCAUGGGCACUUGCUAUUGGUCUUCUAGCCACCAUCCUGCAUGCAAGCUUCCGAACACCUAACUUGAAAGCACGACUAAACACUUUCCGUGAAGAAUUUCGUGCAGUGUGGCGCAAUUAUAGUGAGCUGUAGUUUGCAGUUUGUUUUCUCGAUGUAAGUGCUUUCUGGAUUUUCACUUGCAUAUAGUGUACUUUGUUCUUUUAGUGCAUUUGCAAAUUAUGUUAAUCUGUAAAGUACAACUCCCUGGAAGUGAUUGAGAAACAAAUGUGUUGCAUAGAAGCUAUAAUGAAAGAGUAUCCUCUCGAGUUUGCACUGCAGAAUAGAUCAUUUCCAUGUGUUUCAUUACCUUCUACAGUCUUACUACUGGAAAUGUUGAUUUUAGUUUUGGGAAGCUUGCUUAUGUAAAGAGGGUUUAGAUAUUUUAUGCUGUUUGGCCUAUACAAUCAUUUGAUAUCAUUUUUAUGUGA